AUGGUGCUUUUGCUGCCGGAGUGCGUCGUGUGCGUGUCAGAAUUCGACGACGACUCCGCCGUGCCGCGUGUCCUCACGUCCUGCGGCCACUCUCUCUGCGCCACGUGUAUAACCGCGCUCGCCGCGCCGUGGACCCUCCCCUCGUCCGCCUCCGCUAGUUCUUCUGCCUUGAUUCCCCCUUCGGGCCCGGCCUCCGCUCUCCCCUCCGCUUCCGCUCCCGCUGCUUCCGCGCCUUCCGCAGCCGCGGCUAACGCCACGUCAUUGAUCGUGCGGUGCCCAGAAUGCUCUGAUGCUUCUCUUCUCCACACGCUCUCAGGCCCGGCCCAUCGCAUCACUGCUCUCACGCUCGCCAAUACCGCGGCGCCACGUGGUGCCAGCGCAGCCAUCAGGAUCCUUCUCCCUACUAGCUCGUAUGGAGGGGCACACAGCGCCUGUCUCCUCCCUUCAGGUGGAUUCUCAGGUGGUUGUCAGUGGAUCGUGGGACGGCACCAUUCGUCUCUGGUGGCGCCCAGACCACUCCCCCAUGGCCGUCCUCGUUUGUAG